AUGUGUAGAAAUUUUUCUUUUUGUACAUCACAUUCAUUAAGGAACAUUCAUAUUUCAGGCAUGAUAAACUCUGGUAUGGGUCCAAGCCACGUCAAUAAUUUUCUGACAGCAUGUAAUUUACCACCAAUAAAUCAAAAGACUAUUGCAAAGAAGCAAAUGAUUGUUGGAGAGAAAAUUGAAGCCGAAGCUCGAAAGUCAUGUAGUAAUGCUAUGGAAAAAGAGGCUGAAAUGUCAGAUUGUCUUGAAUGUAGCUAUGAUGCUGGCUGGAAAUCUCGUGGAACAGGUUGGAACUACAACAGAAUUUCAGGGCAUGGUGCUAUGAUGGGUAAGCAGACAGGGAAGACUUCAAAAUGUUGUAGUGUCUGUGACUAAAUUGAAGGAGGACCCUUACCUGUACAUGUUUGCUCCAAAAAUUGGGAAGGAUCCAGCAAAGCCAUGGAGCCUGAUAUGGCAAUGUCCAUGCUACAUAAAAUGAAAGACAGCGGACACCCAGUUCAUGUACUUCAUGUUGACAAUGACUCCACCACUAUCUCAAGACUAAGAGUGGACUUUCUUGAACUAAAGAAGAAAGAUGACAGGAAUCACAUGAAGAAAGGCUUUUCUAAAAAAAAUGUAUUCGUUAUCAAUUUUUUUGUAAAGAACGUAAUGAUACCAUAUCUGGUCAGAUGCUUCACUUACACAAUUGCUAAAGCCAAAUCCAGUCAGGACAUCCAGGAAGGCCUUGAACAAAUAGUACCACAUGUCUUCGGGGACCAUAAGAAAUGCACAGACUGGUGUUUCUAUAAGAAAGACCCUCAGAAUUUUAGAUUCAAACACCUUCCAAAUGGACAAACACUCAUAAAUGAGGCUCUCCACAUUGCUCUGAAAGAAUUGAUGGAAACCUACCAAAGAAGAGCUGAACACUUGGUUGAAAUGGGAUCGACCCAACAAAACGAAAAUUUCAACUUUAACGUUUCUAGCAAAGCUCCAAAAAAUAGGUCAACAAGGCUUCAGAUUUGUCACCUGGACAUCACACAGGGAUUCAUGGAAAACGCAUCUCUGAAUGCAGUGAAAGAGGGAACUACAUAUGCACAAGACACUGAGUUAGACUCCAUCAAAGACCUAGAUAUGUGCAGUAGUCCAUCUAAACCAAAACUAAGUGGAGAAGAAAACUUUGUGUUUUUUGAUUUAGAAACAACAGGCUUAGCCAGGAACUCUGACAUUGUCCAAAUGUAUGCAAUUUGCGGAAGUUUGGAAUUUAAUAGGCAUGCUAUACCUAGACAUUGCUGCAAGGAGAGUGACAGGAAUCCGCUUCUCGCGUACAGAAAAUCAAAUGUUCUAUUAAGGAAAGAAGGUUUCAAGGAGCUGUAUAACUCAUUUACUCCUGCUAUGGAAAAUAAAUGCAUUUCCUCUUUCGGUGCAAGGAAACUUGCUCAACAAGGUAUUCAAGUGGCUUUUAAAAACAGAAAGAAAAGGGGGUUUUCUGAGUAA